AUGUUAUAAGAGCAUAAGCUUAUACUGUUAGUAUACUUGUUUUAUUCUUUCGUGGUUACAUUAAACCCUCGUAUUAUUAUUCAAAAUGCCCACCUCGAAAAACUUGAAGUAAGCAUAACCUCCAAAUUUUGUCGAGAGAAGGAAGAAGUAAUUAAUUGUUCGUUGUUGUUUCAUUAUCGAAACGCUUAUUGUCGAAGAGUUUCGAAAUGAUUAAAAGAGCAAAGUUUCUCGAAAGUUUGAUUAAAAGAAGGCAAAACCAUUUUUCGUUCGGGAAACUUUUCUCAGAAGCUGCUGCAACUGAUAACAAUGAGAAAACGACACAUUUUGGAUUUAAAACUGUUAAAGAAAGUGAUAAGGAGAAAGAAGUCUAUACGGUAUUUGAGAAGGUAGCAAAUUCUUACGAUCAAAUGAAUGAUGCAAUGAGUUUUGGAAUUCAUCGUAUUUGGAAAGACAUAUUUAUUCAAAGACUGGCACCGACUCAUGGAAGUAGAUUAUUAGAUUCGGCUGGUGGUACAGGGGAUAUUACGUUUCGAUAUUUACAGUAUUUGAAAAACUCAAAAAAUUAUCAAGGUUUAAAGAGUUCUGUAACGGUUUGCGAUAUAAACGAAAAUAUGUUAGAUGUAGGAAAAAUUAGAGCUAAAAAACAGGGUUGGACAAGUCAAGAUAAUGUUGAAAUCGAGUGGAAGCAAUGCGAUGCAGAAAAACUUCCUUUUAAUGAUGAUUCAUAUACGGCUUAUACAAUUGCUUUUGGGAUAAGGAAUGUAACACAUAUUGACAAGGUCCUUUCUGAAGCAUAUAGAGUACUUAGCCCAGGUGGUCGAUUUAUGUGUUUAGAGUUUAGUCAUGUUGACAACGAUGUGUUAAGAUGGUUUUACGAUCAAUAUUCGUUUCAAAUGAUACCUGUACUGGGUACACUCAUAGCAGGAGAGUGGCAGUCUUAUCAGUAUCUUGUUGAAAGCAUUAGAAAAUUUCCAAGACAGGAGAAUUUCAAGGAAAUGAUCGAACAGGCAGGAUUCAGAAAUGUAACUUACGAAAAUUUAACCUGUGGAAUAGUAGCUAUCCAUUCGGGAUUUAAAUUGUAAUCCAAUGGUAUCUUAUUUAGGUGAAUCGUUUAAUUAUAAAUUUGUACAUAAAAAUUAAUACAGGAUAUAAUAAAUUAUUUAUUAUGUUUGGA